ACACCGUGUGCCUGGACCUGCCCAAGGCCUCGGUCUACCAGUGUACUAAUGGUCACUUGAUGUGCGCUGGCUGUUUUAUCCAUCUACUAGCAGAUGCCCGGCUGAAGGAGGAACAGGCUACGUGCCCCAAUUGCCGUUGUGAGAUCAGUAAGAGCCUAUGCUGCCGAAACCUGGCUGUGGAAAAAGCAGUGAGUGAGCUGCCAUCCGAGUGUGGCUUCUGCAUGCGGCAAUUUCCUCGCUCUCUUCUGGAGAGACACCAGAAAGAGGAGUGCCAGGACAGGGUGACUCAGUGCAGAUACAAGCGGAUCGGGUGCCCGUGGCAGGGUCCAUACCAUGAGCUGACCGUUCAUGAAGCGGAGUGCACUCACCCCACAAAGACUGGGAAUGAACUGAUGGAGAUUCUGGAUGAAAUGGACCAAACCCAUAAAAAAGAAAUGCAGCUGUAUAACAGUAUCUUCAGCCUGCUCAGCUUUGAGAAGAUUGGCUAUACAGAAGUUCAGUUCCGUCCCUAUCGAACCGAUGACUUCAUCACCCGCCUGUACUACGAGACGCCCAGGUUCACCGUGCUCAACCAGACCUGGGUGUUAAAGGCCCGCGUCAACGACUCCGAACGCAACCCCAACCUGUCCUGCAAGCGCACCCUCUCCUUCCAGCUCAUUCUGAAAAGCAAGAUCAGCUCCCCCAUGGAGUGUUCCUUCCUGCUCCUGAAGGGGCCCUACGACGACGUGAAAAUCAACCCCGUGAUCUAUCACUUCGUCUUCACCAAUGAGAACAAUGAGACGGAGUACGUGCCGCUCCCCAUCAUCGACUCUGUGGAAUGUAACAAACUGCUGGCUGCCAAGAACAUCAACUUGCGGCUUUUUAUAUUCCAGAUACAGAAAUAGGCAAGGCUGAGUUAUGCUGGAAGUUCCCAAGAAAGCACCACUGAACCAUAGUUACCUCGUACGGCUGCCUGUGCCCGUUGUGAUUUCACAGUAAUUUGAUCAUUUUAAAAGGAAAAAACCAACCAAACGUCUGCAUGUCCCUUCCCUUCCCCCGUCUUCCCCAGGGCCAGACAAGAAUGGAGCCAGGUCCGUGCCGAGGACUGGCACAUGGGGGUGACAGCUGGGAAGCCUGCAGGUGCUGGCAGCAUCCCGAGAGCUCUUUGGCAUGCUGUGGUGAGGGCACAGCGAUCCAAGCAGUUCAGUAUAUUGUGAAUAGACGGAGUUAUGUUGUCAUGGUAAAGUGCACAGUCUACAUGUGGCAGUUGGGGGGGCUGUAAGGGAGGCCCCUCCCUUCAGGCAGCGUGUGGCUUGAAUGAACUGGAUACAUUUCAGUUUCCUGUUUUGGUUUUGGGGUGGGGCGCACGGAGACAAGUGUAGCUGCGAUCGAGGGCUUGGGAGAGCCUAGUUCAUUAUUACUUGUGCAGUCUGGUCCUCUGUCUAUUUUAUCAGUAGAAUAAAACAAAUGGGGACCCCUCCCCCCUGAAAACACUAAUGAGGUGUUUGGGGGCGUUUGUGGAACUUGUGCGGGCUGGGCUGACGUUCCACUCUUCUAUGGGACAAGGAUAGAGGUGGGGAGAAACGAUGGCGCUGUAGUGCAUUACAUAUGAAAGCGUUCCAAAGAACCAGACUCCCCACGUGUGUAUAGUGUGUGUAAACUAACCCUUCGUUCCAUGUUCCUUUCGCCCCAACCUUUUGGUCCAGUGGCGUUAACCAUUGCCAUGGUUUGUAAAUGGAAGUUUAAGAUGCAGGGCGAGGAUUAUGAAAAGCGGACACGCUGAGCAUUGCACGAUCUCUCACGGGGUUGUGACGUGAACCUCCUGGACUGAGUGGGCUUUCCUGGUAAUUCCCAAGCGAAGAUGCUCUUGAUCUCGACUAACUUAGAAUGGGUUAUUGGAGCAUUUUUGUCAGGACUGUGCUAAUGGCGAAUGGAUCCGAACGGUUCAUUGUCCCCUCUCCUGCCUUCCCCCACAAACACCACCCUGGAAUGCUGCAAACAAAAUACUGUAUCUCUAGUUCAUUUUGUAUUGCACAUCAUGAAGAAACAACCCCAAGGUCAUUUCUACAGUUCCAUGCUUCCUCCAGCCCUGCAAUAUAGCACAGGUUGAGAUUUUAUCUAGACAAGAUGAGGACUUAUGUAGAAACCAAACCUAAAUUCUUGCAGACUUUUCGGAAUGCAGGGUGAAAUUCUGUCCCUUUGCAGUUUUGCCAAAACUUGAGUUUCUUGUGAAACAAGAAAAAAGAAACGAGUUGCAGGCUCUUCUAGUAAUUAUGCAAUUUUACAGUGUGAGAAUAUUUUUUAUAUAUGAAAUAUAUACAGCAUGUUUAUGGACAGGGAUAGUGCAGCCAGUCACCAAAUUGUGAAGAGAUCUACAGGGAUGUUUCACGUGACACUAUUUUUAAGAAAUGUAAAUGUGGGGUAUUACUGGUGGUGGAGGAAAACUCUAUCACAAGCUCAUUAAUGCCGUGUGUUCAAGACCAGCCCCCCAGUGAAUAUGCCCAUUGAAGUCAGGCCAUCUCAUUUUAUUGUUACGGACUAACUGGAUUGGGUGUGAUGUAAAUCGUGAAAACCUCUCGCAGAUGCUGCCUGCAGUGAAGCUAUUACUGUUUUACUUUCAGUAAUGAAGCUUUUUCUGCCGGGGUUUUCAUUCUGAAUCAUGUCAGCUUUCCAGCCUAGCUUUCUCACCUCCCACUGGCCCUUCGAAAGGCAGUGGCCAAUGGGAGUUCGAGCCCUUUGAUUGGUAACUUGAUGAGUCUUUCUGCUGAGCCCCAUGGAAUAGGAGAAUGUUUAUAGCAUGAAGCCUAGUCAAUAGUCUUAAUAGUGUCUUGAAAUCUUAGUGAUGUCUUUUAAAGAGGCCUAGAGUUUCACAGAAUGAAGGGUAUUACUGCCAGGUUAAAAGAUGUGUGUUCAAAAUGCUCAGUUGGAAUGGAUGUGAGAUUUACAAAGGAAAAUAACUUUCCAUUAGCUGCUGCUGUAACUGUCUAGUGUGGAGGUUGGAGUCUGAGCUAGUGCCACAGGUGCAGCCCCUUCCUUCACGUCUCCCCUCCCUCACCUUGAGAGCAGAAUCUCCGCUCCUAGAGCCCCAGGCGUGCGAAAUGUCUAACACUGAUUGCUAGAAUUGUAAGCUGUCAUUUUACGUAGGCUUCUCCGUAGCAUCAGAGGAAUACCAUCUAUUGUAGCUUUCUUUUGAUUAAAUACCAAAGAGCCAUUUCCCCGUUAGCCCCAUUACUCUUCGUUAUUGUCACAUGCUACAUGUUAGACUGACAGACUAAAUAGCAUGCAACAGGCCAGUCUAUAUUUGGUGGCUGGUUUGAGUGUCUAAGAAUGACCCCAACACUACAGUGCCUGUAGAGCAGGACAGACCACCUUGUAAAACUUCAGAGGAACUGUUUUUUUUAUGAUGAAUGUAAGUUUUUUUCAAAAUGGACAGUCUCAGGGUUGCCUGUCUUCUGUUUAGCAACAUUGAAGGGAUCACCAAAGGCUGACUCCAUUUAGGGCUGUUUCCUGAGAUCUAGUCACUUACAGGAUAGGUUGGAAGCCAGUUCAGGAAAGAUGGUGCCCUCAGGAGGAGCCAUUAAGAACAAGUUGGCCAAGAUCAGAGUCCCUUGCUUGGAAAAGUCUAGAGUGGAGUCAAACACCAGGGGCAGACUGAGGCUUCCCCCUGGUUAUGGUAAGGGAACUUGCAUUGCAGUUGUCUUCCCAUUGUCCCAGCCUGCAGUUGUUCAGUCUGUAGCAGUUUGUUCCUUGGUGUCAAAUGCACAAAGGCUUGUCAAGGAAACAAAAAUUCCCCUGACCGGGGGCUGUUGUAUGGUAGCUCACUGGCUCAGACAGUGCCACACGAAUAGAGCUUGCUUUUUUACGAGGAGCAAGAACUCCAGUGCAGUCUGGUACAGGCCACUACUUCCUUCUGUGAGUAGCAAUAGCUCUUUCAACCUGUCCUUGUUAACACUUACUGUUUUGAACAGGACUAGAUACCCACCGGAUUAUUGAUCCUACUGGAGUAUCAGGGAUUCCAAUGUUCUGCAGACCCUCCAUGAGAAUAACAUAGGGUGGCCAGAUGUGGGUAACAUGUCAGCAUGACAGAGCAUGUCCUGUUGGAUUACAUGGACACUUAGACCUCUGUUCACUUUAUGCAGAGUACGCCGACACUGUGGCAGGUAUCUUCAGAGUAGCAUCGUUGGAAUGACUAGAAGUGUCUUGGCUAUAACCUUUGGGAAGUGAAGACUUCCAGCCCUGGCAUUUGUGAAACUUAGACUUGUCUUCUUCUAAGGCUCUAAGAGGCUCACACUUGAGUGAAGAGUUGAGUCACGUUGAGGAAGGAUUUGCCUGUCCUAGUGCAUCUAUCUGGAAGGAGUUGCUACGUUAAGUCCUGUAAUAGAGUAUGAGAAUUUAGUUAAAGCCACCAUGCAAACUAAUCAGUGCCCAAGGUAGGUAUAUUUCUCUUGUACCACUGCCCUUUUCCCACUGUUGCACAGGCAGGAGGGUGAGUAUUUUCUAGUCAUUAAAGGUCACCUUAGGAAUGUUCUGCAGCAUCUGACACUUUCCAUUUAGUAGAGACUAGAAGGCAUUGAUCACUCUAUAACCAGUACCACUGGUGUGCUAAUACGCCUGGUAUGUUCAUGUGCUUUCUACUGAGGCAACUGCUUCUGAACCCGGUGACCAAAGAAAUCCAAAUUCUGGCAUCAGCCAUGCAAGUGGUAGAACUUCAGUAACAGCUGCAUGGAAUGGGCUACUGAUAAGCACAGAAUCGAAACACAAAGGCAUUCUGCAUUAAUAGGAGCUGUUGAAGCCAUGCAUAGUUCUCACCCUCCCUUCAAGACCUAAAUUAAGCGGUAAAAUCUUUCCAAAGUAAAUGGAGCAUAUGAGAAACAUGUGCUUGCAAAUUAACUUCAACAGAAGAAAUCCUGUCCCUGAGGAGUUCCCCUUCCAUCCUGAAAGCUCAGAACAACCUGGGGCGUAAUUCAGGGGGAGCGUCUUUCCCAGGAGCCUCGAGAACCCAUCAAGAGAUGGCAAAGAGACGUCAUUCCGUUAGGAAGCUUUGAAGAUCCUCCUAGAGAAUUUCAGGCAAAUCCUCCGGACUGUUCAUUCUGCUGCUCAGAGGAUGGGCAGCUGCAGAGAUCUUUGUACAGCUUUGUUUUAAUGAUUCACUUUUUAAACAAUUGGAACUGUUCAACCCCCACGUGCCCCUAAAAAGAAAAGACUCAUUUUAUAUUUCUUAAUACCGGCUCUUGACGCUUCGAUCCAUGUGUAGUUUGCAGGCUGGGUUUUCCCCACGCCAGCUUCUCCUUUCAGAAAGUUAUCUGUAGACUUACUCAUUUUCUAGUACAUUGGGCUACCUAAGGAGAAUUAAUUUGUGGCAACCUGCAAACUUUUCAGGGUAGAAUAAUUUUACCAGGUCUCCUCUUCCCCAUCCCACCCCCUGUGAUUUUAAAGCUGGUAUAAUCCUGCAGGUCUGAACUUGUUUGUGGCCUAAUCUUAGCACACUAGUCCAGGUUACCAUGUUUUCAUCUCUGAGAGUGUUCCUCCAGUUCCCUGAGUGUGUAGGGUGAACGCUGGUGAGUUUCUGAAGACCAAUUGUUUUGUAUUUGGUAACUCUUGUCCCAAGUAACUGGCUCCCAUGGCAGGAGGUAGCGUUGCUGAUCUUCGUUGGGUUGAUGGGAAGAAUCUGGCAGGUUUUGUGCACUUUGCUUUAGACGAUGCCCAGUGGCAGUGGAGUUUUCCUGUGCUGCUGUCAAAGGGGGGUGCCCGCGGGCUUGCCCAGCUGAGUGCCACACUGGCUACUUUGCAGGGGUUGGGGUCCCCACCUAAUUAAUCUGUAAAACGAAUGCAGCCGUCCUCAUCUCUUGAAUUGAGGGAUGCAGCUCGGGUAGGAUGGUUGCCAAUGCACAGCGCUGCUGCUUAGAUCAAAGUGUAGCCCUGCCUCCAGAGGCCUGUAAUCUCCAUGGCCCAUCUUUCCCAUGAAGAUAAGGGAAGCCGCAGGCAUUUUAUGCAACACAGGGAUAAUCAAUGUUGGAAUAUUAGUCUUCUCUCCAAAGACAACUCCGUUAGGCCUUGAAUUCAGAUGGAACAGAUUUUUUUGAUGCAACUCUCUUCUAUAGAUUCAGGCAGGAACCUCCCAUUUGCACAUUUAACGAGAUUCCGUUAUUCUCUGUGCGAUAGUUGCAUGAGUUGAGCAGAAGAUGUCGUCAGACAGCAACUUUGAGUGAAACAGGCACGAUCUCGGAGAGUUCCCGCUAUUAAGGCAAGUUGAGAUCCAGCCCGUCAGCUGUGAUUUAAUGCAACUCUGCGUCUCCUGCCCCAUGGGGUGCUUCCCAAUAGCAUGCACAGUGCCAUGGACUGCACACAACAAACCUGUCCGGGUAGAGACCCAUUACUGUCAUCUGGUCCUCCCCUGUGUGUAGAUCUCUCCCUGCUCUUUUGUGUCCUACUGUUUGACAUACUGUUUGCUACGUGCCUUCAAUAUCGGCCAUUGUUUUCAAAGGAUGGCUACGGGAAAAGUGGAACCCUUUCCUUUCCCAGGAACGGUCCUCUGCACCCUUCGCAGAUGCUAGUUGAAUGAAUGCGUCUGCGGGUUUUCAUUGAAGAGGUGUUGUCGCCGCCACUCUUCCUUCUCUUCGCUUGUUGCCACUGACUGUUUCUGUCCCCUUUUUUUGCCUCUAGAUUCCUCUCUCCUGUAAGCACAAGGAAUUGUGCUUUGGAGUAGCCGUGUCUUCCCCGUUUCUGAAAGGUGGGACUGAGAUCAUUGGUCAGAUGCAGACUUAAAUUUGCAUAAGCCUGGGCCAGUCUUUGUGGCCCAGGCCUGGGGAGUGACAUGACCAAGUUGUGUCUGAAUGGGACUGAAUGCACAGUCUUCCCCUGUGGUUACUGGAUGUGGAUGUUUUCACUAAGACAAUAGCAGGUAAUCUCUUUGGAAGCCAAAAGACAGGGCCCUUGUACAGUAUUACAAAAGUUCUUGUAUAUUAGUAUUAGUUCUACCAGUGUAAAGUGAAGGGAGGAGCAACUGUAUAUCCACAUCUGACCGAAGCGUUAGCCUGAGAAAAGCACAUUGCAGUGAGGGGGAGUACCUGGAAAAGUGGGGACUCCAGCCGGGGUUGCCCAUCAGCUGCUCGAGAUGGCGUUCCAUAAGAGCUGUGUGCAUUGCUCCCUUUGGGUUCGCGGUUUUAAAAUGCCUUCCUGUGUCCGGGAGUCCCUGGCCAGCUGCCAGCCAGACUCAACUGAAUGGAUUUCCUGGGUGUGAUGGUCAAAAAAUUCUAAAUCAUCAAAUGUUUUGCAAAGCUGUUUUCUCUCUCCUCGCCCUUGUCCCUCUACUCCUUGGCAUAGGUCACCCUGUCCUUCCUGGACAUUGGAAAAUUCAUACACAGUAGCUGAGCCUUACGUGUCUAGUUCAGGACUAGACAACUAAAGAUUGUAGCAUGUCUCUUCAUGCCAGGGCUGAAGACUGGCAGACCACAAACCUCCUUACAGUAUUUACUGUGGGUAAUUUAUUUAACUAGUGAAUGUAGAAUUAAAAUAAUUUAAAAGCUAAUGGUUUGUUUGCAGGAUCGUACGUCCGCUCUGUAAUUGGCCUGAUUUUAUUUGUGUUCUCGUUCCUUUAGUUCAUUCUAUCUAGCGGGGAUAGACCGGGCGGGGCGGGGCGGGGGGCGGGGGAGCGGGUUCAUUCCAACGCUGGAGCCUGGGAUUCAGCUGGAGGCUGGUUUUCAAAGUAGACGAGGGUGGGUGGGUGUCAGUCUGGCCUCCGGACACUUGUCUCGCAGAACCGCCCCCCAGUGUGGCACAAUUGGCAGGCGAAUCAGGGAGGCUCGGGACUGGACUAGUGGGGACUGCUGCAAGUCAGGGCUGAGGAGCGUUGGGAAGAGAGCACGUGCAGCCCCUGGCUUGGCUACUGCUACCGCUCGCCUCCUCCCAGUGCCGGAGCACUACACGUUCGAACACCGUUUGAGAGGGCUGGUUCUGACACUGUCAGGAAUGAUUUCUUCUGUUCCUUUUGUGGUCUGCGUUCUGUUUGAAUAGUUUCUGUAUGUAACUGUAGUAAAAAACCAAACCAAA